GGAAAGAAGGGCGGUGAAAGUUGUGAGAUGAGAUUUUGGGCAUGAUAGUUGUGUAGCCGCUGAGAACUGCAAGUGUGAUAUUUAUUUCAAAUUAUAAAAAAUACGAAAAUUGAUCUUUAGUAAAAAGAUGAACUUGGUCUUUUGCUGCCUGACCUUUCGAAUUUCUGCUCUCAUCAAUUAAAACAAAAUUUAAAUGUGAGACUCGACUUCAACCAAAGGUUACCACGAUAGCCAACUUCUCAAUUCGCGCAAUCAUCAGGAUCGCAGAGCCAUCUGGCGACAUUUCGUCCAAGUGGAAUAAAAGGCGAAAUUAGUUUUAAUUUAAUUCGAUCGUUGUCGUUGUGUUGGUGUCAUCUCGCUGCUGAGGCCGAGGGGUCGACACACGAUGUAAAUACCAAUACUCCUCCUGAACGCUUGCCGACACCGGAUUUCAAACCCACCAGCAGCAUAAGCAGUCAUUAACUUCCAAAAUGUGGUCGAAAACAGGUCUCGGAGUAUUCGUGGCAGUAAAUUUAAUUUUAUUAGCUUCAUGUGCCAACAAAACCUACCACAUUCCGAGUAUUCGCGCAAAUUGGUUCAAGGCGAACGAAUUCUGCAGCUCGCUGCGAAUGCGGCUGGUCACGAUAAAAUCCGCUGCCGAAAACAACGCCCUCGCCGAGUUUAUCCGCUCGACGGACAAGUUCUCCGAGGACAAAUGCAUCUUCUGGAUCGGCGGCAGCGACCUGGCCGAUGAGGGCACGUUCAUCUGGACGGGGACGGGAGAACGUGUGACGUACACCAACUGGCACCACGGCGAACCGAAUGACGCAAACGGGGAGGAGGAUUGCCUGCUGAUGGCGUACGUUCCGGCCUGGAAGUUCUUUUGGCACUGGAACGAUAUCCCAUGCACGGACCAGUCGCUGUACUUUGUGUGCGAGGAGGUGCCGUGCGAUUGUGUGGCGCCGUUUUAG